AUGGCACCGCAAGAUUCAAUUAUAGACGAGGAGGAAGAGGUCUGCCCUCUUUGCAUCGAAGAAUUUGACCUUUCGGAUAAAAACUUUCGACCUUGUCCCUGCAACUACCAAGUGUGCCAGUUCUGCUUCAACAACAUUAAAAAUAAUAUGAAUGGUCUAUGUCCGGCAUGCCGACAACCUUAUAAUGAGAAUACUAUCAAGUGGAAAGUGGUUACACAAGAAGAAGUCGCGCAAUUUCGCGCCAAUAUCCAACGGAACCAAAAGAAACGAGUGCAAGAACAACGGCAAAAGGAGGUCAUGAAACGCGAGGCCGAACGGGAAAAUCGCAAAAAUCUUGUCGGCGUACGGGUCGUGCAAAAGAACCUGGUUUAUAUUACUGGCCUGGCUCCUACUGUACGCGAGGACGAACUACUCAAGACGUUGCGAAAACCCGAAUUCUUCGGCCAAUACGGGAAUAUCCAAAAGAUUUCGAUUAGCAAUCGGAAGAGCGCCGACGGUCAGCUCCAUUCACUGGGCAUCUACGUCACUUUUGAAACCCCGGAGGAGGCUCUGCGCUGCAUCUCGGCGGUCCAUUGCUCGAAUAACGGUGACCGGGUUCUUAAGGCGCAGCACGGUACUACCAAAUACUGCUCCGCCUGGUUGAAGAAUGAGAAAUGCAAUAACCCGGGCUGCAUGUUUCUGCAUGAACAAGGCGACGAGGAGGACAGCUAUACGAGACAGGAUCUGUCCUCGAUGAAUAGCAUUCAUACCCAGCGCCCUCUUGCUGGCGGCAGCAGCUCUUCCCGAGCUGCCUCACGCCAAUUUUCUCAACCAACGCCACCACCAAUGGCAGUUCCUGUUUCUGCCCCCGCACCAGUUGCGCAAGCCAUGGCUCGGUCACUGAGCAAAGAAGAAUCGGAAACUGGUGAUUCUUCUGCUCUUCCGUCGUCUGUCAGCUGGGCCAGGCAUCCGGUGCGUAGUCGAAGAGGAUCGUGUGCCACCAGUGGUGCUACUUCUAGCCCUGCCGUCUCCGCGUCAGUUCCUGUCACAACAGAAAAGCAAGAGCCCCCAGAAAUCCCAGAGCCCUUCACGUCGAAGGCGUCAUCUUCCAAAUCCAAGUCAUCACCGAGCGAGGCCGAGCAGGGCAAGCGCCGUCUCUCUUCGACCCGGCCUACUCCUGCAAGCAUUUACAUGAGGGAAAUGCUCGAAAACAUUGCGCUGCAGUGUUCCCUACCUCUUUGGGACGUGGACCCUGAUGAAGACCUAGGCCCCCCAAUGUUCGAUCUUCGCGGUGGUGAGAAACGCCGGGCGAUGCGGGAAGCCCAGAAAGCUCGAGAAGCUCAAGAAUCGCACGCUGACCUCGACAACCAUCUCGAAGUUCCUGAAAGUCCGGAAGACGGCGUCGAAGCGGGUGGCAGCCGCAGCCUCGGUGGUGAGCCAGACGGGCUUGCUGACGGGCACGCAUAUGGGCAGCGACACAUCACUCCUAUUCAAAGAAGCUCAACCGAGGGCGUCUUUAGCCCUCCGCUUGGUAGCUCAGCUUUCGGUCUAGGCACUUCAACCCUCACUCCCAGAUCUAUUACUCCUCAGCAAAUGGGUCUCCGUUCUCAAGCCGGGUACACUGAUCAGUAUCCCCCGGGCAUUGGCGGGCCGAGCAACUCAUUUCAGGGGCAAGGACAAGGUCACAAUCGCCAGUCAUCUCGAUUCAACUUCGCCAACGACAGCGGCUCUUCCACCACGAACAUCAAGCUAGCUGCCAAUCCUCGCAUCAUGGCCCAACAAUCCUCCAUGAUGCCGAGCUCGUUCCAGUCUCAGAGCAGCCAGUUCUACGCCAACUCGAUACCUGCCCCCCCACCUGGCCUCAAGUCUACGGGAACCCCGCCGAGCAUGUUUACUUCAGGCUUCGGCUCGUCAGGCUACAAUGUCCCCAAGGAUAACACGAAUGAUAUGUUCCAAAGUCUUAUUGGACGAACCCGUGGGAACAAUCAAACCCACGAAUCAGGAAAGCAUGACGGCUUGCCAUCUUUGGCAGAUGCAACGAUCUCAGUCGAUGCUCUGGUGGCGGAUGAGCCGGGCGACUUGGCUAUGUCCUUUGACGGAUAUAACACGACGCAUUCGCACGGACACCCCGCGCCCAGUCGAAGCUAUGCCUCUACUUCAGACAGUAUCACUGGUCAUGGUCACCCCUCUCCCGAACCCGGCGUGAGACGACCCCCUCCAGGAUUUGAGCUGAGAUCAUCAAUCACCUCUAAAGAGCCCAUAGUGGCACCUGUCUCGGCUCCUACGAAACCCGAGUUGCUGAAACGGCCGACUUUAGCAGAUGAAGAGUUCCCUGCACUCGGCUCUCCAAAGGUCUUCAAGAACGCUUCCACUGUCUCUCCCGCUCCAAAGCUGGCCUUGCCCAAUACUGGCAUUUUCCAAGGGAAGCAAGCUGCAGGCAAGAAGCCAGAGACCAAGAAUGGCGCAACUGACGGUCGUCGCGGCUCCUUGAUCAACGAUACUGAGCUAGAAGAAAAAGCGUCCAGCAAGGCCGUUUCAGCGACACCCAGAACGAAAUCAAAGACGCUUAGGGUCAUGACGCCGGCCAGGAUCGAGUCCCCCGUUAUCAUGUCACCCGACAUGUCGCGGAUUGUUCCCAUUGGACACCGACCGGAGACACCCGCGAGCGAGACUGUUAGCGACAGUACAUCUAUUGUUUCGGCGUCUGUCCCGGCGUCCCGUCCCGGCUCUCCUCCACUCGUCGGCAGCGCUCCCAUCCGUGCGACAACUAAGAGCUGGCAGCGCAAGCUGCGCAAGGAUGCCCUGAGACAGGAUACCAAGUCCAUUACCGAGGCGGCUGUUACUGAUGAAGCUGAUCAUGCACCCGUACUUGGUCGUAAAAAGAAGCAGAAGAAGGAGAAGCCCGUAAAAGAGAAGCCUGUCCCUACAGCAAUUGCAUCAGAGGCUGAAGACUCCAAGGCAGUCCCCAAAGCUACGCCACAAGGCGACGAAGCAGCCCCGGAGAAGAAAUCAGAACCCGCUCCGAACAAGUCUGCAAGGGCUCCAGAGAAGACUGUGUUGGUGCUUCCGCAACCGCAACCUCCGGCACCGACAGUGCAAGACUCCGCACCAGAGGAGGAUGAGCCCACUGCUCCUCCUCAAGGUCCCUUCACUGUUUUCCAGGACAUCGUGUCCAGUCUCUGGACUGCCCGGGUUGAGGAGUUGAGUCUCUUCAAACUCAUUGUUGGUUCGGCUUCUGCUACUAGACAACAAGUCAGUGACAGCACACCGGGUGCCUGCAAGGACAUUGGAUGCAAAUGCGGGGAAAUUCAGUCUGAGGACCUCGCAGUCCUUGAGUUUGGUAAGCCCGUCCGCAAGCAAUGCCGCGUAGAUGGAAGCCGUAUGCUCCUCACUCCCAACGGAGACUGCGUCCGCAGAUUGACGGAACCGGAAGAAGAUGCUUUUUUAAAGCUACAGGCCACGAUAGCGCAGACAGCCGAGACUGCGGGUUCCUUCACAGCACCCCGUCACCAAAAGAGCUCCGGUGCGUUUUCGAUUGUCAAGGGCCGUGCCGUCCCGAAUGGGCGGCCGAAUAUUUUCCCCGUCGCGGCCCGACCCGAGUCGCAGGACCCUUUUGGCAAGCUGCAGCGCGAUGAGGCGCUGAGUUAUAUCAACCAGUACGUACUGCCUCGCCUGAAUCUCGGCGCGAGCGGCAAGGCGGCGGCCGCCGCCUCGGGCAGCCUGGCACCCCUGCGCGAUGCUGCCGCCGCGAGCCUUAACUCGCUGGCACCGUACUUUUACGGACCCGAGGCAGCCGCCGGUGUUGGCAUCUAUAGCGCCAUUGACAGCAGCAGCAACCCACGCGCCGUUCACGACUUUGGCGCGCCCCCCGGCCUCACUCUGGGCGGCAACGUCGACAUGGUAAAGGGCGCCGGUGCACGCGGCAUUGGUGCUCUGGCUCUCAUGACCGUCGAGGAGGCCGAGGCCGCACUGGCAGCCACACGCAAGGACACGGAGAAGCUGGAGAAGGGCUUAAAUGCGGUAAUAAAGCGAAACAAACGGCUGUUGAUCGGCGGCGACUAA